GGCGUCAUCUCCAAAUCUCGGCCAGUGCCGCAAUUUUGGCUAUAAAUACAAAUGUCGGCACGCAGCUUGGCUUAAACUUACAUUGUUAUCCUAGUUCACAACAUCGCUCGGGGUCUCUGUCUCUCCUUAACUGGGAACUUACCGAACAAAACACAUUCGCUACGUGACGUUGUUAAGACGGAAUCCUCGGAAUACCCAUCCACCCACUCAACGCAGGACAACUCCGAAACUCCGUCGAAAAACACAAACUCCCGGUGCCACGCCCAGUCGACUGCAGACACCAGAACGCCCCCCACCAGGAAAACUAUGGGAGUGACAAGGAGGCCGGGGAGUGGAUGUGGAAGUGGACACAGGUGGCUCUUGGUUUGGAUGACGGUGCUGCUCCUGGUCGUCCCUCCGCAUUUAGUCGACGGCCGUUACCUACCGACAAGGUCGCAUGGCGACGAUUUGGACAAGUUGCGUGAACUGAUGCUGCAGAUUUUGGAGUUGAGCAAUGAGGACCCACAGCAGCAGCAGCCGCAGCAGCAGCAGCAACACCCACAGCUGCGUCUGCACAAUGAGGCCACCAGAAGCGGCAGCAGCAGCAGCGGCAACAUCAACAAUCCACGCGUGUCCAACGGCAACUCUAAUGCCGCCUGGCUGCAGAAACUGAGUGCCAUGGGUGCCCUGGACGAGUUGGGCGGAGAUGGACCUCGUUUUGGACCCAACUAUGGACCGUACUAAGCCAUCUGAACCGAAAACACCUGACGACAACACAACAACUACGACAAGGAAAACGGAAACUAGGGGUUGGGGAAAAUCAUGUUGCGAAUGAAAAUAUUUUGGGACUGAAAAUGGGGAUACCAGUGUCGGAAAUGUUCACAGGAUUAAAAUCCAAUUGAGCCGGACGCAAAGUGCGUGAAAAUGGACAAAUAAAUGGAGCAAAGGAUUCUUGUGCAAAUCGCUUUGAAGUACUUUGAAUGAGCUCGUGCCAUUUUGGAAUGUAUUGAAGGACACUCUGCAAAAUCACUUUCAAAGGCUUGAGUCCUUU